AUGGAUAACCAUUACGGACAGGAUAAUGUGAGCAUCCACUAAAUCUGGUUCUUCCGUUCUUGAUUCAUCCUCAUCCUGGGCAGGAAUGUCUUGCAGGAGGAAGUAAGUGUGGUGGGGUUCGAGGUCCCCCGGUCACCGGACUCGAGCUACACGAACCCCUUCCCAGGGAACGAAGACGAGGCUCGGGACCCGCCGCUCGUCCCGCCCCAUCUUCAGCACCCUCUGUUGAGCUACUCACCGAGCAGGGACUGCUCGGGAGGCAUACCCUCGCCCCAGAAUGUGAUCCUCAAUCACCUCUACAUUGAGAACAGGGAAGCCCCGAGGUCCGUGGUGGCUCUGGGGAUCACCCACCGAUUCCGUUCCAAAUAUGUGACCGUCGUUCUGUAUAAACCCAUUCCCAGAAGGGGGACUUGA